CUCUGGUGUCCCGUCCCACGAGCAACGAGAUCAUUUGUGAUUACUUUCUAGGAAGAAAUUGUAAAUGAGUCAAUGACAUAUGAGUCUGAUCUGAAUUUGGACCCACAUGUGAGUGAUGUGAAUUAGUACAGGAUUGCUUUCUGUCGCACGAGCCUCACGCCAGCCACCGACCCAACGGAUACCCAAACACACUCGCUCCUGAUUGGCCCACCGAUGCUUCCCACGGAUCGCGCCCUCAGAAACAAAUCUGGGAUGUUCCUUUCCCCACAAAUCCAACGGCGCUCAGCCCACGUCACGCGGAUCGGCUCUCCUCAGCAUCCCACAGCUAUAAAAGCCGCGCCGAAACCGCUCCAAAAUCCAAACCUUUAGCUGCGUUCCGAUUCCAAACCCAAAUCACGAUUCCCUCCAAAUCCCAUUCCCUCCACCCCAGACCAGCUCGCGAAAUGGACGGCGGCGGCGCGAAGGCGAAGAAGGCGGCUGCUGGGCGGAAGCUGGGCGGCGGCGGGCCGAAGAAGAAGCCGGUGUCGCGGUCCGUCAAGGCCGGGCUCCAGUUCCCCGUGGGCCGCAUCGGACGGUACCUGAAGAAAGGGCGGUACGCGCAGCGCGUGGGCACGGGCGCUCCCGUGUUCCUGGCCGCCGUCCUCGAGUACCUCGCCGCCGAGGUCCUGGAGCUGGCGGGCAACGCGGCGCGCGACAACAAGAAGACCCGCAUCAUCCCGCGCCACCUCCUCCUCGCCAUCCGCAACGACGAGGAGCUUGGCAAGCUGCUGGGCGGGGUCACCAUCGCGCACGGCGGUGUGUUGCCCAACAUCAACCCCGUCCUCCUCCCCAAGAAGGCCGCCGAGAGGGCCGAGAAGGCCGCUGCCGCUGGCCCCAAGUCCCCCAAGAAGGUCGCCGCCAAGUCGCCUAAGAAGUAGUGUCUCGUCUUGCUCUCACUCAUCCCAUUCUGAGAUCAGCUUGUGUUUGUGGUCGUGGACGUCUUUUGCCAUUUUGCAAGUGUGUGUAGCGAUGCGUCGUCUGAACUAUAAUGUGCUAUGAUUGACCUAAGUUCUAGUUUAAUUUCUAGCUCUAGUGGUGCUUGGUGAUGGGUCCCCAUGGAAGUUUAACGGGAACAAGAGGAAGUGUCUUAGCUUUCUUUGAUGCUUAACCAUGCUUCUUAGCAUUUCGCAAGUUUGAUCUCCAUCAUAUCAUAUUUUGCUACAUCUGUGACGCGGGUCCGGCCUCUGCUGCUGCGGCGGCAGUGGCGGCCACGGCAGCCGCCGCAGCGCCUUCUCGCUGCUUCCUCCGUCGUUGUCGUCGCCGCCGCUUACAAUUACCACCCUCGGCCGCUUGGCGCCAGAGCCGCCGCCGCAGCGCAAACCGAGGGCCAAACCGGUCCCGUCGUCGGCGUCGUUACUGGCGCUGAUCUCCCCUCGUCCUCCUUCCGCGCGGAAACUUGCGCGGAUCGCGUUCGCCGCCGGUCCAUGGCUAAGUGACAGAACUGGCCCGGCGGCAGGUACAUCUGCACAGCACACAUGCAUGCGUAAGUGUCAAAGCUCCAUGAAUAUGAAUCCUAGCUAGCUAGGUUCUCUUAUUGUCUGUCUAGACAGACAGACAGAUGAACCGUGCCGUGUGGGUGUGGAGCAUCUAUCCAUCCAUAUGUUACGUAUGUAUGUUACCCGAAAUAAAAUGUCAAAAGUUGACUUUAA